CUCCAACCCGCUGACUUUAAAACAUGCCGUUGCACCCCCUUUUCACCCUCCAGUGGCCAAUGGACACCGGAUCGUCCAUCUGUUCUCAUCAAAUAACCUUAUCAUAAUCGCGGAGCCGUCGUCAAGCGUCGCGAUGCGCUCGUUGUCGCUGCUCAUCACCCUCACCAGCUUGGGCGCAAAGGGAGUGGCAGGUCGUGAUGAACCUUCCAUUCUGCGCCGAGCCUGUCCAGAUUACACCUCUUACUCAUCUACGGGACAUGCCCCAUACAGCGGCGGCCCUCUGAACCUCCCCUUCCAGCGACCAGCAGUGGAAUGCCGGACCUUCGCCUCAUCCGCAGUCGAAGAGGUCAUCGAUAAUGUCACCUCACGCAUGGUAGACAAAGACAUGGCCCAGCUAUUCCGUAACGCCUUCCCGAACACCCUGGACACAACCAUCCGCUGGCACACCAACGGUACAUCCACUGCGACCACCUCCAGGAAGACUAGGAGAGACAGCGCCCAAUGGCAAGGAGCCCAAACCUUCGUCGUGACGGGCGACAUAAAUGCAGAAUGGCUGCGCGAUUCGACCAACCAGCUCUCAGGCUACCAAGCUCUCGCAAAGAAAGACAAGGAUCUCUACAACCUCAUCCUUGGGGCUAUCAACACCCAGGCCGAGUUUGUCAUCCAGUCUCCAUAUUGUAAUGCUUUCCAGCCUCCUCCACCCAGCGGAAUCCAGGCAACAAGCAACGGGCAGAAAGACACUGUGCAUCCCGCAUACGAGCCCUCCGUCGUCUAUGAAUGCAAAUAUGAGCUGGACUCUUUAGCCAACUUCCUCGCUCUGGGUAAUGAAUUCUACGAAAACACCGGAUCAACCGAAUUUCUCACCAGCCGGUGGUACCUCGCCCUCAAUACUCUUCUCAAUGUCCUCGAUGCGCAGUCCCAGCCUACCUUCAAUGACAAGCUCCAGUAUGUCCAAAAUCAAUACACCUUCCAGCGCGAGACAACCCUUGGCACGGAGACCCUCAAUCUCGCUGGAAUUGGGAACCCCCUCAACCGAGGAACAGGACUUAUUCGCAGCGCAUUCCGUCCCAGCGACGAUGCCACAAUUCUGGGCUUCUUUAUCCCACCUAAUGCCAUGAUGUCCGUGCAGCUGAAGAAGACCGCGAAUCUUCUUCAGGCUGUUGGCGGGCAGGCAGACUUGGCGUCUAACCUCCAGACCCGCGGAGAGAACCUUGAGCAAGCAGUCCGCAAGCAUGGCAUUGUCCACCAUGACAAAUACGGCGACGUCUACGCAUAUGAGGUAGACGGGUACGGUUCGCGCAUAUUCAUGGACGACGCCAACGUCCCAUCCCUCCUCUCCCUUCCCCUAUUAGGCUUCGUCGACAAAUCUGACGAAGUCUACCAAAACACACGCAAGAUGAUCCUCGACCCGGACGGAAACCCAUACUACCUCACUGGAUCGGAUUUCCACGGCAUCGGUGGACCCCACAUUGGUCUCCAAAAUGCCUGGCCAAUGUCCCUUCUCGUCCAAGCUCUGACAACAGACUCCACCUCGGAAAUCCUCGAAUCCAUCAAUCUGGUCCGCAACUCCAGUCUUCUCGGCUUAGUCCAUGAGUCGAUCGACGUGAAUAACAUCAAAGACUACACGAGACCGUGGUUCGCGUGGGCGAACUCCGUUUUUGCGCAGACCAUUCUCAAAGUCGCGGCUGAACAACCGGCCCUUAUCUUCGGAGACGGCGCAGAGCCAUAUGUCAUUUCAUAGGCUAACCUGUCUUCUUUCUCCCUGCGAUAGAUAGCGUCGACAAUACCCAUGCAGUGUGCUAUAAUAUACCCGACCUGUUUGCUCACUGGCUCUGAUAUGAUUACGAGAUCGUUCCUGAGCUGGACAUUAUUACUCUAGCCAAGUCUUAACAUUAGCUUUAUGCAAUGCAUAUAUACACUCCG